AUCAUCCCUAGUUAAAAGUUAUUUGAGUUUUAGUUGAGCUGUGGAAAAUUGUAAAUUUUUCCAAACAGCUACAAAAUGGACAAACUAAAUGAAAAUACACGCGAAAAAAAGGAAAUUAAGUUGGAUAAUAUCGACGUGACGCCUAUAUUAGCGGCACUCAUAGUUGGAUUCAUUGCAGUUGCACUUUUUGUAAUUUUCCGACGACGCUCGGCUGGCCGACGUGAUUUUCUGCUAACCGGUCUGACCGAGGCAGGUAAAAGCGCCAUAUUCAUGCAGCUUGUGCAUAACAAGUUUCCCGACACAUUCACAUCCAUGAAAGAGAAUGUCGGUGAAUACCGCUCGGGACAUGUUUCUGGACGACUUGUGGACAUACCUGGACAUUAUCGCGUGAGAGACAAAUGCUUUGAGCAGUACAAACGCAAUGCGAAGGGAAUAAUAUUCGUGGUGGACUCAGUGACCAUCCAAAAGGACAUUCGUGACGUGGCUGAUACCUUGUACACCAUUCUGGCAGACACUGCCACUCAGCCAUGCUCAGUGCUGAUACUGUGCAACAAGCAGGAUCUGACGACUGCCAAGAGCUCACAGGUUAUAAAGAGCUUGCUAGAGAAGGAACUCAACACAGUGCGUGACACGAGGAGUCGCAAACUCCAGUCCGUAGGCGACGAUGAAGUAAACAAACCCAUUACACUGGGCAAAGUGGGACGCGAUUUCGAGUUUUCGCACAUUUCACAAAAUGUACAGUUCUUCGAAAGCUCAGCCAAGGAAAAGCAAUUAAGUGAUCUUACAGAUUGGAUAGAUCGCAUGCUAUAGAAAUACUAGCUGACUGACUAGCUAUGAGCACUGAUAUAUCAUCAAAUAUGUAAUUGAUAUUGACAUUUAUAAUAUGUAAUUUUUCUACUUAGUCUCAAGACUCAACGCUCA